AUGGGAGAUAGCGAGACCAUUACGGCACAAACAUCUGCUGUCUGUAAUGAUGCGAGUGCUGUUGGUGCUUCUGAUGCUGGUGGCUCAAUUGCUCCAGCUACAGAGAACAUUGCUGGUUCCACUCCUGCUCCUGAUGCCCCAUCAGAAAAUAUGACCGUGCAGGAAGCCCCAGCUGUAACAACUUAUGAUGAAAAUGAAAAUCUUGCCGGCCAUGGAAGUUAUUCUAUGGACGCUCAAAUUGCUGCUUACGAGUCCUCGCUGAAUGUUAAUGGUGUUAGUGAAGCAGGGGAUGGAUCAAGUGAGGAUAUUACCGAAAAUGGUGUUGCUGCUUUGCAUCAGCCCUUGGAUAGUUCUGCAGGCCUGAGUGCCGAAGAAGAAAGAUUAUGGAGCAUUGUAACGACUAAUUCGCUGGACUUUGAUGCCUGGACUGCAUUAAUAGAAGAAACAGAGAGAACGGCAGAGGGCAACAUUUUUAAAAUCCGAAAAGUUUAUGACACCUUUUUAGCGGAAUUUCCUCUAUGCUAUGGUUACUGGAAGAAGUAUGCUGAUCAUGAGGCACGCCUCAGUUCAGUGGACAAGGUUGUAGAGGUGUAUGAACGAGCUGUUCAAGGAGUGACCUACUCUGUGGACAUGUGGCUUCAUUACUGUGUUUUUUCUAUCAGCACUUAUGGAGAUCCCGUGACUAUAAGAGGGAUUUUUGAAAGAGGAUUAGCAUGCGUUGGAACUGAUUACUUGUGCUUCCCACUUUGGGACAAAUACAUCGAGUAUGAGAUGUCACAACAAGAUUGGCCCCGUGUUGCUACAAUUUAUACGAGGGUAUUGGAGAUACCAAACCAGCAGCUGGAUAGAUAUUUUGAAGGAUUUAAGGAGUUGGUUGCCAGUCGACCUCUGUCUGAGUUGCGGACAUCUGACGAAGCUGCUGCCCUGGCCGUUGCAGAGUCUGAAGCUGUAGCCCAAGAAAAUGAGGGAGAUGUUCCUUCUAGUGCCUCAAAGACUAUGAAUGCAAGCUUAAAAGAAGCUGAGGAGUUGGAGAAGUAUAUUUCUGUCAGAGAGGAGAUAUAUAAAAAGGCAAAGGACUUCGAUUCAAAGAUCAUUGGUUUUGAGACAGCUAUCAGGAGGCCCUACUUUCAUGUGAGGCCCCUCAAUGUUGCAGAGCUUGAGAAUUGGCAUAACUAUCUUGAUUUUAUUGAAAGUGGAGAUGACCUCAAUAAGGUUGUUAAGCUAUAUGAAAGAUGUCUGAUAGCAUGUGCUAGAUAUCCUGAAUACUGGAUUCGAUAUAUUUUGUGCAUGGAAGAUAGGGGCAGUACCGAGCUUGCCGAAAAUGCACUUGCUCGUGCCACUCAAGUCUUCGUAAAGAGGCAACCAGAGAUCCAUCUUUUUGCUGCCCGAUUUAAGGAAAAGCAUGGUGAUGUUACUGGAGCUCGUGCUGCUUAUCAACUUGUGCACACUGGAAUUUCACCUGGCCUUCUUGAAGCAAUUAUCAAGCAUGCAAACAUGGAAAACCGACUUGGAAACUUGGAAGAUGCUUGUUCCUUAUAUGAGCAGGCAAUUGCAAUCGAGAAAGGGAAGGAGCAAUCACAGGCUCUGCCGUUGUUGUUUGCCCAGUAUUCUCGUUUUAUAUUCUUGGUCUCUGGCAAUGUUGAGAAGGCAAGGGAGAUACUUGUUCAAGGUGUGGAGAGUUCCCAAUUGUCGAAACCCCUUCUAGAGGCUAUAAUCCACUUAGAAUCAAUCCAGACACUUCCGAAGCAAAUCGAAUAUUUAGAUUCCCUGGUUGAUAAAUUCAUAGUUCCUAAUCCUGAGAAUCCUAGUAUUCCUAGUGUUGAUGAAAGAGAGGAGCUAUCAAACAUCUUCUUGGAGUUCUUGGAUCUCUUUGGAGAUGCUCAGACUAUCAUGAAGGCUGACAACCGGCAUGCGAAAUUGUUCUUGCACCGCAAAAGCACAUCAGAGUCAAAGAAGCGCCAUGCGGACGAUUAUUUAGCUUCUGACAGAAUGAAACUUGCAAAAUCAGUUAAUCCAACACCUGCUCCAGUGAUGAGUGCCUAUCCCAACAUGCAGAAUCAGUGGGUAGCAGCUGGUUAUGGUGCUCAGACACAACAAUGGAACCCUGCCUAUACCCAGCAGGCUGCUUAUGGCGGUUAUGGAGCGAGUUACACACACCCACAAGUAGCUGCAUCAGUGCCUCAAACUGCCACAUAUGGAACUUAUCCUCAGACUUAUGCAACGCAGGCUUUGCCCCAGCAGCAGGCGUACGUGCAGCCAGCAGCUGGUGCAACUUUGACCGCAGCCCAGCCGCCUGCUGCUGCACCUCCUGCUACAUAUUACCCUAGUUACUACUGA